AUGAGUUUUCCGGUUCGUCCGCCAGUCAGUUACAAAGGAGAAUUUCCUACCUAUGCACAACCUGCUGAGAUCACUUCAUACAGCAUUGAUCACAAUCGUCAAGUCUGGUUUGAUGAUCGAGAAUUGAAAUAUUAUUAUCCUCCCAAUGGAAAAGAUCUCUAUGUCGGUUUUGACAAGUUUAUUAAAAGAGACGAAUCUAUUCCUGAACAUAUUGACACUCUUUUGGACGCACUGACAAAUGCUAGACAAAAGGCUUCCAAUCCACAACUUGCGCAAGCAGAUAUUGUAACUUGGAGAGGUAUAAUGACAAAAAUAAUGUGUACACCUACCACAAGAAAUGAACCAUGGAUGCUCAGAGCUACUCGACACAAGAAUACAAUUUAUAUCGAAGAACAGGCAAUGGACGAGAAGAAGAGAAACGAAGCCGAUUUACCAAUCAAAGAACAAAUGCAGUGUUACGGAGGUUAUCGGUUCGAGACCCUUUGUACGCUUUCAAAACCACCAAGUAAAGUUCAAAAGGGAGAUCCAGAGCUGCUUCAACGGCUCAAUGACAGUGCAGACACAAAUAUUCAGUACUGCGUGGUAGUAAAAACUAAAUUGGGCAAGAACUCAUUGAUUAUGGGAGCAGAAGUCGAUUGCAGCCGAGAUGUCAAAAGAGUUGGUGAAAAAAGUAAUCCACUCCAAAACUAUGUUGAACUCAAGACUUCGCGUUUGAUCGAAAACAGCCGGCAUCAGUCUUCAUUUGAACGUUUCAAACUAAAGAAGUUCUGGGCCCAGUCUUUUCUGGUCGGUGUGCCUAGAGUUAUCUGCGGAUUUAGAGAUGACCAAGGGUUGGUUCAGAGUGUCGAAGAGUUCAAGACAAUGGAAAUCCCAAGAAUGGUGCGCAAUAAGCCUGGGCUAUGGGAACCUGUUGUAUGUCUUCGGUUUGCAAACGAGUUUCUGGAUUGGUUGCAGACAGUGGUAGUAGAGGACGAUCCUACCGUGACAUAUAUUAUCGAAUGGAAGGCACCAUGGCAUGAGAUUACUAUUAGAAAAGAAAGUAUACCACAGCCAUUUAUCACACAGCGGUACAUUGACGGAGAGACCAGCCAUGAAAUUGGAGGUCCUAGGGUAUCAUCAUCAACAAGUUCUUACAAGUCAUUAGAAUAA